UUUGAAAACUUCAGAUACAUUUAUUUAUUUCAACUCCAUCUCCCGAAUUUUUGGUCAUGAGAGAGUGAUGCAAGAGAUCUCGGCGUUGGAUUUGAUUUUGAGAUGGUAAAUCAUCGGGGAACCUCUCACCAUUACAAUUCCCGAAGUUCUUCCUCUUCUUCAACGCUCAAAUUUCUCUCAAAAAAACCAUCUUUUUUCACCAUCACUCUUUACUUUCUCAUCCUUCUCUUUGCUUCUUCGAUACUCAUUUUUCUUGUCAGCACUAGAAACUUAUUGAAUGAUGGCCAUGAUUAUGAUGAAAAAAAGAAUCUUUUUACACAACAUUCUCAGUCUCAGUCUCGGUCUGAAUCUCAGUCUCAGUCUCGGUCUGAAUCUCAGUCUCAGUCUUUGCAGAUACCAGAUGACCAACUUUGGAAUUCUCCUUUUAGCUAUGGUUUACACUCAUGUGUCAAGCCUACCAGUAAAUACAAAGCUUCCCAAGGAUCAGACCGCUACAUUACAGUGAAAAGCAAUGGAGGAUUAAAUCAGAUGCGGACCGGUAUAUCGGACAUGGUGGCUGUUGCACACAUAAUGAAUGCAACACUAGUUAUUCCUCAACUGGAUAGACGCUCAUUCUGGCAAGACUCAAGUAAGUUUUCAGAUAUAUUUGAUGAGCUCCAUUUCAUCAAAGCGUUGCAAGGAGACGUGAGGAUUGUCAGGGAGCUCCCAAAAGAACUGGAGUCUGUCCCUCGGGCCCGGAAACACUUUACCUCCUGGUCUGGCAUUGGUUAUUAUCAAGAAAUGACACAGUUAUGGAAGGACUAUCAGGUAAUUCAUGUUGCAAAAUCAGAUUCACGAGUUGCGAACAAUGAUCUACCUCUUGAUAUACAACGGUUGAGAUGCCGUGCUCUGUAUCAUGCUCUCCGCUUCUCUCCGCCGAUUGAAAUCCUAGGAAAGAAGCUGGUGGAACGGCUGAGAUCACGUGGAGGAAGAUACAUAGCUCUUCAUCUUAGAUAUGAGAAAGACAUGCUAUCUUUUACUGGUUGUACUUACGGUCUGACUGAUGCAGAAUCUGAAGAGCUGAGAAUAAUGAGGGAGAACACGAACCAUUGGAAGGUCAAAGUUAUAAACUCAACGGAACAGAGAAUGUCAGGCUUGUGUCCUUUAACUCCUAAGGAGGUGGGGAUAUUUCUUCAAGCUCUUGGUUUUCCGGCCUCAACGUUAAUUUAUAUUGCUGCUGGAGAAAUCUAUGGUGGUAAUACUCACCUUUCAGAACUCAUGUCCCACUUUCCAAACCUUGUUUUUAAGGAGAAUUUGGCAACUAAGGAAGAGUUGAAAGCAUUUACUAAUCAUGCAUCUCAGUCUGCCGCUCUUGAUUACAUAAUUUCCAUAGAGAGUGAUGUGUUCAUCCCAACACAUUCAGGUAACAUGGCAAGAGCUGUUGAGGGACACCGCAGAUUCUUAGGUCACCGCAAGACGAUCACCCCAGACAGGAAAGGACUUGUUAAACUUUUUGAUAGGCUGGAAAGCAGAAAGCUUAGAGAAGGGCCAUCUUUCCUGCAUCUCGUGCAGGAGAUGCACAAGAACUGGCAAGGGGCUCCAAGGAAAAGGAGAGGUCCAUUGCCAGGAAUCAAAGGUCGAGCACGUUUCAGGACAGAAGAAUCCUUUUACGAAAAUCCAUACCCAGAAUGCAUAUGUGGUCCAAAGGCACACAUAGAGCAAGAUAAGUCUAUCUGAAUUUCAGAGUUUGGCUUUAGAAAUUCAUUUCAAGUAAAUAGAUUGGUACCCCAAGAUAAGUUUGAAUUUCAGACAUUAUUUCGAGUAAAUAGAAUGGUACCCCAAGAUAAGUUUGAAUUUCAGACAUUAUUUCGAGUAAAUAGAAUGGUACCCCAAAUGGCAACAAUAUCAAGCCCUGGCUGUAAUGGUAUUAGAUUAGAUUUUUAGAUUUAUUUCCGGACUAGAAACUGCGUAAAUGGCAGAUAACCUUAUUUCUGUGGUUGUCAUGCACAUUUUCGCUUCCUUUUUUUUAUAAGUUUUGUUUUCUGAAAACAUUUUACAAUAUGUUUUCUUAUUUCUUCU